GGCGGCCCCGAGCCGGGAGGAUGCGGGCAGCGCAGCCGGAGCGGCCCUUCAAGCUCCGAAAGAGUCUCGCCACCCGGCGGGAAGAAGUAGCAGGGAUCCGAGCCAAGUUCCCGACAAAAAUCCCGGUAAUUGUUGAGAGAUACCAGAAAGAGAAAUACCUUCCUCUCUUGGACAAAACCAAGUUUCUGGUUCCCGAGGAGCUGACCAUGGCACAGUUCAUAACCAUCAUCAGAAGCAGGAUGGCUCUAACAGCUACACAAGCUUUCUACCUGCUCGUGAACAACAAAAGCCUAGCCAGUAUGUCCUUGACAAUGGCAGAAGUGUACAGGGACUACAAAGAUGAAGAUGGCUUUGUUUAUAUGACCUAUGCUUCCCAGGAGAUGUUUGGAUGCUUAUUGCCCACUGCCCAAGGGAAAACUAUGGAAUGCUUUCAGAAAACUUAAGAUUGGGUUCAUAUGCUGCAGCAAAGCAGUUUGCUCUGAAUCAUGCCUGUGACGUGAACCUCGGAGAUGCUCCUUGCCGUGUGAGCUCUUGAGCUCUGUAGUGGGAGUUAUGACCCAAAAGCUGGCAGGACCAGCUUAAGACAGAAAUGGUGGUACACUUUCCCUAGCUAAUAAUUUGGAUAUAUAUUUUUAUAUUUGAAGACA